UUUUCGUAUGAAUUUCAUUGUACAAAAUGUAAAUAAAUACUGGAAACUUUCAACUAUAGUUCUGAAAAUCGAACGUUAGGUUUGGUUUUUGUAUUAAAUGGUGGGGAGAAUGAGAAAAGAGAAUCGAUGAAGGAGGCCUCGAUGGACAGUGUAAUUUCGUCAUUUGUGUUCGUUGGCUCGAGUGUACGCGUUGUCCGUUGUCCCUCGUCGUUAUCGUCGUCUUACUAUUUCGUGUCGUGUCUUUUAGUUUGUCGUGUUUGCGACCGCGUUUCGUAUGGAUUCACGCUCACUCAAAAAAGAGUUUCGGUUCUUCGAGCACAGUGUCGUCUUACGGUUUCACCUUGCUACUUUCUACCCGAUUGCGUUUGUCAGUCCUACCUCUUACUCUCUUCUUUCCCCUCGAGAUCGCAUCCCUACGUGUUGCUUUCGACGAAAGUAAGAAUUCGACGAGGAGUCUAUGAGAGGUCCAACAUGCGAGUUCUUACGCGCUCUUCACUAUUCGUCGUUUAACGGAAUUUUAUAGAAAAUCACUGUUAAUUUCUUUUAUUUUUAAUUCGAAAAAAGAUAGAAAAAGAGAGAAAGAGAAAGUUAUCCUCAUUUUUUUUAAAUAUCUUGUUGAAGUUAAAAAAAGAAAAAAGAAGAGGGAGAGAAAAAGAGAAGAUAAAAAGAUCGAGGUGUCUGUUGAUUUUCUCGAGAGGUGGACGUUCUUGUCUCAUCUUUGCCAGUAGUAAAGUGGUUGAAACUGUUACGAUAGUGUGACGUACGUCUACCUUACAGAAAAAGAGAGAACGAAAGAAAUAUAUAUGUAUACACAUACACAUACAUAUUUCGUACCAUACACGUGCAUCACGCACCAACUUUGAGCUUCUACGAAACAGUUCGUUCUUUGAAAAGAUUUGGAUAUUGCAAGAAAAGUAAAAAAUUGGGCAAAAUGUUGGCGAAACUCUUUGAAAUACAUGGCAGAUUUUGUGCUAGUCAUCCGUUAGAGGUAAUCGUAACAACAUUGACCCUAACAGCGUGUAUGUUGAACAUGGAUACUGGAAAUGGACAAACUCAUGAUGCUGAUGUUCUACCUGUGACAGUAAAUUGUCGGCAUGGUCGAUGUAAUCCUGACGAUUUGAGCGCUGUGGAAAUUAUAGUAAUGACUAUAAUACGAUGUCUUGCAAUUCUUUUUACAUAUCAUCAAUUCCGAAAUCUUCAGAAACUUGGUUCAAAAUAUAUAUUAGGUAUUGCUGGCUUAUUCAUAGUUUUUUCAAGUAUAGUAUUUACAUCCAGCGUCGUAAAUUUUGGUCGUAGCAUCUUCGAUCUAAAGGAUGCACUGUUCUUCUUCUUACUUUUGAUUGAUCUUUCGAAAGCUGCUAUAUUAGCACAGUUCGCUUUAAGUUCUAGAAGUCAAGAAGAAGUACGUGCUAAUAUAGCUCGUGGGAUGUCUCUUUUGGGUCCAACUAUAACAUUGGAUACUCUAGUCGAAACACUUCUCAUUGGAAUAGGCUCUUUAUCAGGCUUUAAACGAUUGGAAACGCUCUGCAGUUUUGCGUGUCUUGGUGCAAUUGUAAACUACGUUGUAUUCUUGACAUUUUAUCCCGCGUGCUUAUCACUCAUUCUCGAGCUCUCUCGAGGAAAUCACAGUAUGGGUCCAUUAAGUGCAGAUAAAAUUUUUAUGAUGUAUUCUUUAAACGAAGAAGAACAAAAACCAAAUCCCGUAGUAGAACGUGUUAAACUAAUUAUGAUUGCUGGUUUAUUCGUGGUUCAUGCAAACAGCCGUUGGCCAUUUAAAAGUAGUGCAAGUGAACAUACAGUAGAAGGUGCAAUUCCAACCAAUUCACAUAUUGUAGUAAAUGCAUAUAACGAAACUGAUAAACAUUCAGAAAUUAAAGAAUACUUAAUGAAUUGGCUAUCAGUUAGUGCAGAAAAUAUAGUUAUACUGAUUUUACUCCUGGCAUUAGCCAUUAAAUUCAUUUUCUUUGAAGAUAAAGGAGAUAUAACAAAACAAUUGAGGUUCGAAGAAGAUAAUACAGAGAACGUAAUUGAAUCAGAAAUUAUUACUACAGAAAAGAUGGAUGUUUCAUUAAGACGAAGAUUUGAAGGAACUAUUCAACGACCAAUCUUUCCAUUGUCUGAAAUAAAUAGUGAUUGGAUAGAAGUAAUAAACGAGCGUAACAUAGAACUUGUUGAUAAAGAAAUACAAACUGAUGAAAAAGUGAGUUCUACGGAUAGAUCAAGUAACAAAGAUUCUUCACACCGACCUAUUGAACCAAGAAAUUUAGAGGAGUGUAUUGAAAUUUAUCAAUCUGAGCUUGGAACAAACGCACUAACAGAUACAGAAAUCAUUAAUUUAGUACAAAAUAAAUAUAUACCUGCAUAUCAAUUAGAAAAAGCUGUAGGAGAUAUGGAAAGAAGUGUCUGCAUCAGACGACUCUUAUUAGGCACUACUGGAAAUUUUACUGAUGAUUUAUUAGAAAUACCAUAUAAAAAUUAUGACUACUCAAAAGUACUAGGAUCCUGUUGUGAAAAUGUUAUUGGUUAUGUACCAGUUCCUGUUGGCAUUGCUGGACCUUUAUUAAUCGAUGGAGAAUAUUUUCACGUUCCUAUGGCUACGACCGAAGGUUGUUUAGUAGCAUCUACUAAUCGUGGCAGUAGAGCAUUAUUAAAAGGCGGAGUGACAAGCCGUUUAUUGGCAGAUGGUAUGACAAGAGGACCGGUCGUUCGAUUUCCAAACAUCGUUAGAGCUAGCGAAGCUAUGUCAUGGAUGCAAACUCAAGAAAACUUUCAAAAGAUGAAAGUUAGUUUUGAUCAAACAAGCAGAUUUGCCAGAUUAAUCAAAAUCCAUGUACGAAAUGCAGGAAGACAUUUAUUUAUUCGCUUCGUAGCCAAAACUGGCGAUGCUAUGGGAAUGAAUAUGCUUUCCAAGGGAACAGAAAAAUCUUUACAGACAGUACAAUCAUAUUUCCCUGACAUGGAAGUUUUAUCUCUCAGUGGUAAUUUCUGUACAGACAAAAAAUCAGCUGCUGUAAAUUGGAUUGAAGGUAGAGGUAAAAGUGUAGUUUGUGAAGCAGUGGUGCCAUCAGAAAUAGUGACAAGUGUACUAAAGACAUCUGUUCAUGCAUUAGUCGAUGUCAAUAUAAGCAAAAAUCUGAUAGGAUCAGCAGUAGCUGGUAGCAUAGGAGGAUUCAAUGCUCAUGCAGCGAAUAUAGUGACUGCCAUUUUUAUAGCUACUGGACAAGAUCCUGCACAAAAUGUAACUAGUAGCAAUUGCAUGACAUUGAUGGAACCAUGGGGACCAGAUGGUACAGAUUUAUAUGUCUCUUGUACAAUGCCAAGUAUUGAAAUAGGCACUGUAGGUGGAGGGACAGGACUUCCAGCACAAAGUGCAUGUCUAGCUAUGUUAGGUGUAAAAGGAGCAAAUAUAGAACAACCUGGUGAAAAUGCCAGCAGACUUGCAAGGAUAGUUUGUGCUACCGUACUUGCUGGAGAGUUAUCUCUAAUGGCUGCUCUAACAGCUGGACAUUUAGUCAAAAGUCAUCUUAGGCAUAAUAGAUCAUCAACAACAGUAAGCAACCCAAUGAGCAUUGUGCAAAGUACUAAAGAAGAGCAAUUAUCAGUACCAAGUAUAUCACUACCUUCGCCAAAACAGUGUUCAGAAUAUUAGUAUAAGUCUUAAUAUUUAUGAUAUACCUUCUAAUGUGAUUACGAAAAAAAAGAUACUGUAAGUACAUCAUUUUUUGUCUCCCAACAAUAUUAAAAUAUAGAUAUUUCUUCCUAUAAAAGAUAAACAUGACAAUAGAAUUUCAACAUUUUUUUAGAGAAAAUUA